CUAAGUGCGCAAAGUUGGCUUGAGAAGCGUGGCUACUGAGUUAGAAUAUCUCUUGAGCUACCAGGCAGCGUUGGAGGAAUGGAGAUCCCAGUAAUCAACCUAGGAGAGAUGGAGGGAGAAAGGAAGAGCAAAACAAUGUCACUUCUCCACGAGGCAUGCGAGAAGUGGGGGUUCUUCUGGAUCGAUAACCAUGGGAUUGAUGAAGAAUUGAUGGAUAAGGUCAAGGGACUGGUGAACCAGCACUACGAGAGGAGCAUGAAGGAAAGCUUCUACAGUUCAGAGCGGGCAAAAGAGUUGGGGCCUAAUAUCAAAGCCUCUGAUGUUGACUGGGAGUGCGGCUUCUUUUAUCGCCAUCAACCAGACUCGAACGUCAACGACAUUCCUGAACUACUUCGUGAAGCAAUGCAGGAAUAUGUUGCACAAAUGAUCAAGCUGGCUGAAAGGCUUGCAGAACUUCUGAGCGAGAACCUUGGGCUGGAGAAGGACUACUUGAAGAAGGCAUUCUCGGAGCCGUUUGUCGGGACAAAGGUGGCAAAGUACCCAAAAUGCUCUCAGCCAGAGAUGGUAAUGGGGCUCCGAAGCCACACCGAUGCUGGUGGAAUCAUCCUAUUGCUCCAGGAUGACAAGGUCCCAGGUCUCGAGUUUUUAAAAGAUGGGGAGUGGGUGGCGAUACCUCCAACAGAAGGUUACAGAAUCUUUGUGAACCUAGGUGAUCAAGUGGAGGUGGUGAGCAAUGGUACUUACAAGAGUGUUCGUCACCGAGUCCUUGCUGAGAAAAAUGGAAGCCGGUUAUCGAUUGCUACAUUCUAUAAUCCCGGAGGUAAUGCUGUCAUUUCUCCGGCUUCCAGACUUCUUUAUCCGAGCGGCUACCGUUUCCAAGACUACCUCAAUUACUAUUCCACCACUAAAUUUUCAGACAAGGUCGCUAGGUUUCAAAAUAUAAAGGAGAUGCUUGUGUGAUUACAGUAACAGGACUAGACUUGCAGUUGCUACUGAAUAAGAAAAUCUUCCUCCUAAAGUUUAUGGUGGUAUCAUGCACUUGUAAUUCGUGAGGUAGUAUUUUCCAAAUACUAGAGUGAUAUUUAUAGUCUAUGGUUUCUGUUUUUGUUACAAUAGUUGUUUUGAGUUAACAGUCCAUGGAGAGCAUCUUACCAUCUAUUGUUCUCUUGUUACUUUAGUGGAGUGGUUAAUAUAAAAACCAUGUUUGUUUGUCUGGUUUCUUUU